CUCCUUGAAUAAUUCAUAAGGGAAGCAGAGGAAGAGAGAUAGAGACAAAGAAUGACCUCCUAGAAAGGGAAACUCCAACCUCCAUUUUAAACAAACCAUUUAUCUUUGUGAAACUCCAUCUUCUUCCUUUUGUAGCUCUCACCUCAUGGAAGUUCACAACAAUUCAAUGGCACCACCACCACCAAGAAACCACAUCCAUAACCACAACUAUUCCAAAUUCCACCAACAUUACCACAACCACAAUGCCAUUCUCAGCUCAAAUUCCUUCCUCAUUAUCAUUGCCUCAAUCAUUUCUAUCACCAUUCUCCUUGCCAUUUUCCUCCUCAUCUUCAUGCUUCUCCGCCUCAAAUCCGCUCGAAACACCGCCACCGCCACCGCUGCCGCCUCCGCCGCUGCACAAUCCACCACAUUCAUCAUCCCCCACACAACCAUCAAUUUUGAUUCAAGCCCAGAAGUGAAGGGGGGUGGGUGCUUAUAUGGGGGAAAUUCUGGGAGAAUUCCUCAGUACAGAAUCAGGGGAGUUCAAGUUUUCACUUAUAAGGAACUGGAAUUGGCUACUGAUAAUUUUAAUGAAGCAAAUGUCAUUGGAAAUGGAAGAUUAGGGUUUGUGUAUAGAGGAGUUCUUGCAGAUGGAGCUGUGGUUGCCAUUAAAAUGCUCCAUAGAGAUGGCAAACAGAGGGAACGUUCUUUCAGAAUGGAGCAGGUGGAUCUCCUAAGCCGCUUGCACUCUCCUUGUUUGGUGGAGUUGCUUGGCUACUGUGCUGACCAACACCAUAGGCUUCUGAUAUUUGAAUUUAUGCAUAAUGGUACUCUUCAUCAUCAUCUACAUAAUCCCAACAGUGAAUCUCGGCCAUUGGAUUGGAAUACUAGAUUGAGGAUAGCCCUUGAUUGUGCCAAGGCUCUUGAGUUCCUCCAUGAGCAUGCAGUUCCAUCUGUUAUUCAUAGAAACUUCAAGUGCACCAAUGUUCUACUGGAUCAGGAUUUCCGAGCCAAGGUUUCGGAUUUCGGUUCGGCCAAGAUGGGCUCUGACAAGAUCAAUGGUCAGAUAUCUACACAAGUCCUGGGAACCACAGGAUAUCUAGCACCAGAGUAUGCUUCAACUGGAAAACUUACAACAAAGUCAGAUGUGUACAGCUAUGGUGUUGUGCUGCUAGAGCUAUUGACCGGUCGAGUGCCGGUUGAUAUCAAGCGACCGCAGGGCGAGCAUGUUCUUGUCUCGUGGGCUCUCCCAAGGCUGACUAGCAGAGAAAAAGUAGAGAAAAUGAUUGACCCAGCUAUUCAAGGGAAGUACUCAAAAAAGGAUUUAAUUCAGGUAGCAGCCAUUGCAGCCAUGUGUGUGCAGCCCGAAGCCGACUACCGGCCUUUGAUGACCGACGUCGUGCAGUCUCUGGUUCCUCUAGUUAAGAGCCCGUCAUCGUCGUCUCGAUUCUUCAAUUGACAUCUGAGUGAAAAUUAUGCAAGAUCAAGAUAGCCUUCAUGGUUCACUAAAGUAGGUUUCUUUUUGGUGCUUCCUGCAGUUACUUUAUAUAACUUUUAUGAAAUGCAGAUUAGAGCAUGUCAAUGUGAACCUAUAGAAGCUACACACAUCUAAAUUCAAUUCUCUUAAUCAGAAAAUGAGACAUGUACAUAAACUUUUUGAGUAUCAUUUGAUGCUACAAAUAUUAAACUGUCAAGAAAGUUGCUAUGUGGUUGCAGUAUA